UGCGCAUGAGCAGAUCAUCCCGCGAGGGCGGAAGUGAGGGGCUGGUCCUAGGAGGUGGGGGCUAUCGCGGUUACUGGGGGUGGGCGAGCGGCCGACAUGGCGACUCCCGGGAGUCUUGUAGUUCCCGUGGCAGUGCUGGUGCUGUUGCUUUGCGGGGCUCCCUGGGCCCACGGACGGCGGAGCGACGUGCGCGUCGUCACAGACGAGAACUGGAGAGAGUUGCUGGAAGGAGAGUGGAUGAUAGAAUUUUAUGCACCAUGGUGUCCUGCUUGUCAGAAUCUUCAGCCAGAAUGGGAAAGUUUUGCUGAAUGGGGAGAAGAUCUUGAGGUUCAUGUUGCAAAAGUAGAUGUUACAGAGCAGCCAGGACUGAGUGGACGAUUUAUCAUAACUGCUCUUCCUACUAUUUAUCAUUGUAAAGAUGGCGAAUUUAGGCGCUAUCAGGGCCCAAGGACUAAGAAAGACUUCAUAAACUUUGUAAGUGACAGAGAGUGGAAGAGUAUUGAACCUGUUUCAUCAUGGUUUGGUCCAGGUUCUAUUCUGAUGAGUAGUAUGUCAGCUCUCUUUCAGCUAUCUAUGUGGAUCAGGACUUGCCAUAACUAUUUUAUUGAGGACCUUGGAUUACCAGUAUGGGGAUCAUACACAGUUUUCGCUUUAGCAACUCUGCUUUCAGGACUAUUACUAGGACUUUGUAUGAUAUUUGUGGCAGAUUGUCUUUGUCCUUCAAAAAGGCGCCGACCACAGCCAUACCCUUCCAAAAAAUUAUUACCAGAAUCUUCUCAACCUUUGAAAAAAGUGGAGGAGGAACAUGAGGCCGAUGAAGAAGAUGUUUCAGAAGAGGACACUGAACAUAAAGAAGGAACAAAUAAAGACUUUCCACAGAAUGCCAUAAGACAACGUUCUGUGGGUCCUUCAUGGGCCACAGAUAAAUCUUAGUUAAUUUUUAUAAAUAUCUUAAUAUAAUUUGGACAGAAACAGAAAAUUAAUCAUUUCUUUUGGUUUGAAGUGAACUGUGACUUGUUCCUUGCAGGAUUCCAUCUAUUUUGUCAUUAGAUUGAAAGGUCUCCCUUUAGAAAAGAAAAGGAGCACUAUGUGAAAAGUUUGAAGUAGGAUAUAACAGCAGUAUGGUGGUUUAAACAGUUCUUUAAAUUUUUGAAGAAUCUGGUGCCAAGCAAUAAGAUUUGUGUGUUUGUUUAAUAAUGACCUUUUUCAUAAUAAAAUUUUUGAGGUUAAAAAAUUACAUUUCCCAAGUAUUGCAUUAUUGAGGUAUUUAAGGAGAUUAGAGAAAAAGAUUUCUCAUUUAAUAAAAUUUUCUUGUUUCACUGUGUGAAAAAACAAACAAAUAUAUUUCCCAUAAAUGGGAACUUUGUCCACUGUCUCAAGAAAUACUAUUUCAGUGAUAAUUUUGUGGUCCUUUUAGUGAAAAUAGUCUAAAAUUUCCUCAGUUUCAAAUAAUGCAACUAAUAAAAAUUAACCUUAUUUUAAUUACAGUUUUUUUACACAUGAUAAUAUAGGAUAUGCUCCUGAUUUAGGAAGUUUUUGUAUGUCCAUGGUGUUGCCUUGAUUCCUAUAAAGUUUGGUUACAUUUUUUGUUUCUCUGUUCAGCAUACCUUUCUUACCAUGGGUUACAUUUUUCAUUUUCCAAAUUGGAGAAUAUCCUGGAAAUAUUUUUCAUAUUUUAAUAAAUAGUAUUUUAUUUUGUUGUUGUAGUACUUUAUUUUGUUGUUGCAAACUGAAGUUUACUGAGGGAUCCUUAAAACAAGAGCUGUCUACUGAUUUAAAAUUUUGGCCACUUAUUUCAGAUUUUAAAUUAUUCUUGUUGAACUUGGACUUUUUUUGUAUUUUUGAUGUGAAGGUAAACAUUCCAGACUUUCAUUUGAUGUGAAAAAGCCUCUGCAUUUUAUGUUUUAAAAAUUGAUGGAAGCUUAAUCUGAUAUAAAAUAAAGUUAGCAUUUUACUCAGGAAAAAGGAUCUUUUACAGUGUUAGCUUUCAAAGUAUAUUCAUCCUCAUAUAGAAAGUUCUUGAUUUUACAAAGUCAGUGUAUGCUUGGUGUUUUAAAAUCAUAAUAUUUUUAUGUCUUUAAGAAGACAAACUUUGUAUUCUACACUUUCUACUAUGUGGUAUUUCACAGGUGGGAAUCAGCAGGAUGGGACAUUUAACAUAUUUUUACUCCUUAAAGAGUUAGCACCUUACAGCAAAAGUGGGAUCAGUGUGGGGCGGCAAUAGAGAACUGUUUUGGCUACAAAAAGGUGAAAACUGUAAGUAUUCAGAAUGAUCACCUGUGUAUUAUGUAAUAGAUGAUUUCUGUAAUGUCCUCUCUCAUGUAGAUUCUGCUUCUUUGUUAGUUCAUUAGACAUACAGCUUCAUAGUAUACAACAGUUUUCUUUAAAGGCCUCUCCUUUAGAAUAUUAAGUAUUCUACCACUGAAGAGUUUGGAUGUACAGUAAUUUUGUGAUGCUUUAGGAAAAUAUUAUAAGCACAAAAUAAACUUUUCUAAGCCUUCACUAAAA